AUGGCACCUCCGACGCUUGUUUGCCAAAAGCAUGAAUUCAAGUCUCUGUGGAAAGAUGUCAAAGGCCCCUGCGUGUUGAAAUCGUUGAUCCAGUACGAGUGUGAGUUUAAUGGCUACGAAUACGAUUGUGUGCCAUUUAAAAGGGUUUUCGAGGAGUGCAUCACUGGAGAAAAGCUCAAGAAAUUCAGAAGAGAGGUUACUAAUGAGAGGACCAAUCAAGCGGAUGAGAUGGUGCAGAAAUUUUGGUCAAGUGUGAAAAGAGAUGAGCUGUGA